UCGCAUUACGCAUUACGCACGCACAAUUUUUACUACAAGACAUCGUCGACAAUUUUUUCUGCCUGUCCACGUUGCCAAUUCACAUCAAAUCCGCAGCAUAAAAUGAUGAAAAAUCGCUUUGGAAAGGGCAGACAUCGAAAGUUCCAAGAUGACUGGGAGAGGUCCAAGGAGCCAGUCUUGGAAGGGGUCACCUUCUACGCCAAAUACCUGGGCAUGUGUCUGGUCAGCCUCUCCAAUGAUGAAACCCACACUGCCGAAGCUGUGAAGCGAAUCAUACACAACGCAAAGUACCACAGUAAACUUUUGUUCAAGAAGGUUUCCCUGACAGUGACGCCAAAGGCUAUCAUUCAGACAAACCUCGAGAGGCCAGAGGAUGUCCAAGAGGUUUCGAUACACAGGAUAUCCUACUGUGCAGCCGACAAAACCAGCGAUAAUAAGGUCUUUGCGUUCAUCGCCAACAACAGCAUCACCGAAGCGCUGGAGUGCCAUGCCUACCUCUGCUCCAAGAGGAAGAUUGCUGAGGCGUUGACGCUCACAGUAGCUCAAGCUUUCAACAUCGCCUUUGAAUUGUGGGAACGUGAAAAAGAAGAGCAAGACAUUGUGUCAGACGACAGCAAGGAUGCGCCACCAUCAUCGCCGCUUCAGAAAUCUGCCCCUCAAAGCAUACCCAGCUCCAAAUCUACCUCCAGUAGCAAUGGCAGGGAUGAGGCGUGUUGGUCGUCGGGUGCCUCACCUGCCCUGCCACCUUCCUUGGAUCCUCCACCUUCGAGUACGAGAAAAGUGUUGAAGGUGCAAGCAGAGAUGGACCCAAUAUCGGCCUCCGCACCCUGCACGGUCCCAGUGGUCCCCCCUCGUCGCCCCACAGGCAUGCCUCGCUUCUCCCCCUGCAUGGUGAAUGGCAAUGGCCAGCAUGACAGCGGCAUUGACUCCUCUCUGGAUUCCAAGGAGAUGGACGCCACCGCUAAACUCCUUGAGAAUUGGCAUAUCGGAGAGGAUGUUGACCUUGAUGAGAGCUUCUCAAAGUUGGCGGAGUGUCGGUCUAAUCCUCAACUGCUGGACAUCAACGUACGGAGGACGCAGUUUGAUGCCGACAUCAUUGUCCAUUUCCAGGGGAACAAGACAGAGCGCGAUCAACUCCUCGAAUCCAGAUCGAGUGAGAACUUUCAGUUUGAUUUGCAGUCAACUUGAAAUUUGAAGAAAGUGAAACUCAUUAUAUCCAGACGUGAAAACUUAUUGAUGCACCGGUAAAUAUGGAUGUAAAGUGACACUUCAAACUACUGUUAUUUUUUCAUGGCACGAAAAAUUACCGGCCUAUAAAAAAAAGCAAAUUCACAAGCUGUAAUUAUCUGCAUAAUUUGGAGUGAAUUGAAGUCAUUUCUCUCCUUUGGUGUAAAGUGAAAAAAUUAGCUGUGUAAAUGAAAAUUGAAGAAGUUAAUUGAAAAUGACGCAUACUUGCAACAUGCUACGUGUACAAGUUUGCAUGGAACAUGUACUCUCAAUCUUUUAAUGUGAAAAUAUUUUUGAGGUUAUAUUAAUCUCACUAUAAGCAUGCCAAGCAUGUGUUCAUGGCUCAAUAUGUAUUGGCAGAAUUAAUGUAGAAAAGAGCCGGAAUAAUUUUUGUUUCUUUUGAAAAUUUAAAAAUGUGGAAGCAUGGCUGAUGUGCUUUAAAAACUAUUUAUUGUACUGGUAUGGUGUUCCAGAGGUCGCAGGUUCAAAUCCCGCUCCAGUCAAUUUCUUUGUUCAUCUUUAUAAUAAUAUAAACUAUUUAUUUGACAACAUUGCAGUCAAACCUGCAUUAACCAUGCAUAGAGAGCCAGGUACAUGUAUGUGCACUUGAUGGUGUUUUGCAAGGAUAUGCGUGUACCUGUCCGUACCUGUUAUCUUGCCCUCAAAGAUAGCGUUCUCUUCAUGUGUAUUUUCGGCCCAUGAUGCUGGAGUUUGGCUGCGGUUUCACAGGACCUAAUUUCAUGCUUCUGCUAACCACAGAUUUCCGUGGCAGUGGAUCUCCAUUGAGCUCUGACAUGGGCCGUGUCUAAGUUACAUAACUGUGGCUUGAAAUUACACACUGCAUAACGGGAAGCCGCUGCCGCUGCUGCCACAGAUCCAAGCAUAAUUUAAAGAUGCAGCCAAGUAAUUCGGACAUGGCCUAAGGUUGCUAAGCAAAGAAAAAAGCACAGAAAAUACUCGCUUAGCGGGAAAGGCUCACUUACCAAAACGCUGUGAGGUUUAUAUUGCCUGUGACUGGUCCUCUGCUGAUUUUUGCUUAACACAUAAACCUCAAAGCAGUAUAUGCUCAGAGCUCAAGUGUAGAAUGUUAUUUUUAAUAUCUCCUUGAGCAUAGACCCUUUUGUUACAGGACGUCCCCCCAACAAAUACAUGUCCACCAAAAUUCUGUGCUAACCCAUGAAAUACACCUUUUAUAUGGCCAGUUUUUUUUAUUCAGCCAGGGUACCAGUGAACUGGUCCCCCUAGGGCCUAGAGAAGGUAGACAAUUUUGUUCAGUACUGCCGUAGAGGUGGGAAGAAAAACCCCCAGGUACAUAUAAACCCAGGGAAUCAGUUAAGGACCGAAAACCCAAUCCAAGUGUCUGCCUUGAUGGGAUUUGAACCCCAAGCAGCAGAAGUGGAAGGCGGGGAGGGUAAGUGUGCACUUGGCACAUUUUGCUUUCCUUUGCUUACUUUUGUAGUAGGUAAUUUUCCACCCGAAUAAGCAGAGAUUCCUUUGCUUACAUGUAUGUGUAAGCGGAAUCAUGAGUUUGGGCCCUGACCUGGGCUCCUUUUGCAGUUGAGUUAGUAAUGCUUUUUUUCUGUAGCUCUGUUGGUUUAACGAGAGCCACAUAUCAUUAACUUUUAAUCAGGUCUGACUGGUAAGAAUGGACUUUACUUGGGAGUCGGACAUACUGAAAUUGAAAGUGAAGUUACAUGUUAUUCUUGAUAUUGAAGAAUAACACGAAAUAUCCUGUGAAAGCUAGUGAGUUCAUAUUUGUGACAAACACACUUUGAUUAAUACAAAAUGAAAGUGAGGCUUAGAACCUACAUGAACUCAGAAUUAGUCUGAUACCACCUAUUCAACAGUUAACAGUUUAUGAAACGAUUCAGUGAACAAGACCAAAAAUGACUUCCUCAGGAAUAAGGCCAAUUGUUAAAGCACACCAGCUUUUUUAAUGCAUCCAGAGAACUUGAUAGCCGCAGCAUGUAGUAACACAAGACCAUGGCAAAGGGCUGUGGCUGUUGGCUAGCCACUUUCCUAGGCACAUGUGCUGUAGGCAAUCAAUGUAAGGAUGCGGCUGUGGAUUUGGCCUAGCAAGAAAGAGGCUUCUAAGCCAUAAUACUGUGCUGUUUGUAACAUGACACAACACAUACAUGUACAUGUAUGUUGGCAAACUAGAAACCCCAUCUGUAGAGUACGGAAGUGUGAUAUCCUUUUCAACCAGGAAGUGUAAUGCACAUGUAUGGAGUUUGCAUGCAUGUUUGGUUCACAUGCUAAUGCCUUUUUUGCACAUAAAUGUACCAGUGACAUAUUCACCUCUAUACUCUGCCUUAGGUCACAGGUGUAUGUUCAUAGAAACUACCCAGCGCCUCAUUUUCGCUAUAAUCAAGAUGGACCCUUUGCUUUGCACAAGCAGAAAAUUAAAGUAACACCAAUCAAGUAGAAAGGGAAAGUGAAAUGUAUAAUCCAUUGUAAAUAAUUGCAUGCUCGUGCACAUUGUUCAUUAAUUGACACAUUUGAUUGUGUGUAAAUUACUUCAGAGAGGAAAUUGAAGUUGCUUAAUGCUUAAUGCAAACUGCUGUAUAGUGAAUUUACAUUUGGACUAGAUCUGAUCUGUUGUUAUCAAUCAAAGGAAUUGACAGGGAACUUAUCAAGAGUCGAUUCAUAUAUUUUAAAAACCACUCAACCAUUGAUCUUUCCACUUCGAGUUGAAGCACUCCCUCACCGGCCAAAGAAAGACAGGCUGGUGGGAAGUUUUCCACUCAGGCUCAUGCACUAAAGACUACAUUCAAAUGCUCUUGCAUGCUUAGCGCAUCCUGGGCCAAAAAUGCAUAACAAACCUUCACAUGUAUACACAGGAUUUGCUACUGGGCAAAAACGGCAAAUACUGAGAUGAGCCGGAGAUUAACUGGACAUAAAUCUCUGAAGACAGCCUAAACUAAUCUGAAGACUUGUGUUCUCUUCCCCCCCCUCCCCGUCCCUUUUGCCCCUCCCUUCCACUUUCAAGUUCUGAACCUUCCUUUAACCCAGUGUACACCUUGAUAUGUUGAGAACACUCAGAACUUAGGACAGACAUCAUUGAGGCUGUUAAUUUUAAUGCCGGGGGGGGGGGGGUUGUUGUUGAGAAAAGACUUUUGGUGGUCCAGAGUAUUUUCCUUUUCUUUUGUCUGUUUCCUUAUUUUGUCUGUGUCAGUACCUGCAAAGUGUCUGUAACUUUUAUUUAGGUUUUAAAUUUUUGAAGAACAGAAAUGUCAAAUUAUUAUUUAUUGAUAUGCUUGUCUUUUCUGUUAGUUUUUAAGUUAGCCCUGAAUUCACCUUUUUCUGAUAUUAGGUUUAUUUGAAAGCAAACUACAUUCAGGUGAGUCUCCUCUACUGUCAUUGAAUUUUUUUUUGGAGGAAUUAUAAGAAAUGCACAUUAGUUUAUAAAUUUCAUCACACAGUGAAAUAAAUGCCGUUAGCGUGGCUGUGUGUUUUCUUAUUUAUGGAUUUGCAGAGUAAAACUUUCUGCUUGGAAAGAAAAAAGGGAUUGUUUUUUAGCAUAUUUGGAACCAUUUCUGAGCGCAAGUUCAGCACGCCCCCGAAACAACUUUAAUUUGUAACACGGAUCAUUAGGGUGUUGGUUAUCUUGAAUUGCACUUAACGCCUGGUCAACUUUCUGAGAGGGCAUUGUUCUCAGAUGUGGUAAAUUUUAGAAGUGUAAAUUCUCAAUUUAAUUGCUGGACCAGGGAUUGGAGUUAAACUCAAGUUCAAACUAGCUUUUUUGAGGAUUAGUUGCUUUUGAUCCAUGAAAAACUCUAGAACAAUGUAAUGUUCACAUGUUGAAAGAAUGGAAUGUAAAUAGUAUUUCUUAGGACAGUUUCUACCUUCCCAAAAAACCGCACAAAAUUAUUGUUACCAGUUCUGCCACCCCACUUUCAAUGUUCAUUAUGGUUGGAAUGUAAGGUACAUGUACAUUUGUUCUGUUAUUGAGUGCUAAUGUUGAUUUUUAAAAAUACCCGAAUGGAAUAUUUGUAUUUCUUCUAUAAAUGUCAUCUCUAAAUUACAGGAACUCCAAAAUCCUUAACCCUUUGGAUCAGCUGAAACUCGCUGCUAUUAAGGUAUAUUUUAUCCUCUGAACUUACUGCUUGUGUUUUUGUGUUGCGUUUUUACGAGUUCAGUGUGUUUUAGAAUUGUAUUUUUCAUUUUAUUUAUUUUACUUUAGUUUACAGAGGUAUGAAUGUAUCCUGGAAAAGACAAUAAUAAUAAGUUAUAUUCAAGUGCUGAUUGAAUUAAAUCCUGGAGGAAUGAGGCAUCGCA